AUGCCUCCUCCGCAGCAUCAAACCCCCCCCCUCUCUGCCUCCUCCAGCAAUGUCCACCUGCCCCGCAUGGCACCGUCGCACCGUGGAAUGACCCAUGAUAUCAUCGAGAGGGAACCGCCUGUUGCGGCGGAUGCCCUCAUGCCACUGCCCAGUCAAUGGAGCCCUGCGGACAAGUUUGCGGGCUUGGAACUGUCUAACGAUAACUUUGAUGUCCGCUACACAGGCCCUGUGCACAAGCAUGACCAUGAAGCUGCUGCGUUGCGUGCGGAUCAUCCCAUGCCGCCGCAGUGCGGGAUCUACUACUUUGAAGUUAAGAUCGAGUCAAAACCGAAGGAGGGCAUGAUCGGUAUCGGUUUUUCCAGUCUCAAAGCGUCUGUUGAGAGGCUUCCUGGUUGGGAAACGGAGUCUUGGGCCUACCAUGGCGAUGACGGAAAAUCAUUCUUUGGUGAAAGUCAAGGUCAAGGCCGCGCUUAUGGACCGGUUUUUGGAGUUGGCGAUACAGUAGGAUGUGGCGUGAACUUCUCUACAGGAUCUGCCUUCUUUACCAAGAACGGCGUUUUCUUGGGAUAUGCGUUCCACGAGCUGCGCAACGUGAAGCUUUAUCCUUCUGUCGGAAUGAAGAAAUUGCCACCAGUACAUCUCAAAACGAACUUUGGACAGGAGCCAUUCGUUUUUGAUAUUGAUGGCAUGGUUAAGCAAGAAAGAUUUAAUGUCCAAGCAGAGAUUAAUGCUACAUCUACAGCUGGCCUCCAACCGCCAUUGGACGAGUCGACACUUUUGCAAGAGCUAGUUGCACAAUUCCUAGCUCAUGACGGAUAUGUGGAAACAGCCCGUGCAUUUGCAGAAGAGGUAGCGACGGAGACGAUGGCUCUACAGAAUGGCCGCAACGAGCCAUUGAAGAAAUACGAAGUUGAGGAAGAUCGUGAAGCUAUUAACCGGAACAAAAUUCGUUCCGCCAUUCUCGAUGGCGACAUCGACAAGGCCCUCAAGCAUACCAAAGCCUAUUAUUCCAACGUCCUAGAGGAUCACCCCCACAUUCACUUCAAACUUCGCUGCCGCAAGUUCCUCGAAAUGAUGCGGCGAUCCAACGAGCUCUCGGCAGCAACAGCUGCUGCCUCGAAGCAACGUCGUUCAGCUUCACCGAACGAGCACGAGCACGCCGUCUUCGAUCAGGAGAUGGAGCUCGACGACGGCGACGGCUGGGUCGCAGACAGCAUGGACACUGAAGAGCCAGAGGUUGUCGCUAAGUUCAACCAACUCCUCACCGAGGCAGUGCAGUAUGGUCAACAAUUGCGCGCAGACUAUCCCUCUGACGAGAAUGGUGGCGAUAAGAAGUUGCUGGACGAUAUAUUCUCACUGGUCGCUUACCCUGAUCCGAAACGGUCUGUGCAUGGCCAUUAUCUCGAUCCCGAGGGACGGGUAACUGUGGCUGAAGAGUUGAACUCGGCUAUCCUGGUCUCUCUGGGCAAAUCAUCAGCUGCCGCACUGGAAAGGCUGUACCAGCAAACAGAAGUAUUGGUCAACGAGAUCAGUGAAGACGGCGGCGCUGGGGCGUUCAUUAAUGUUCGGGAUAACGUUUUGCUUUGA